AUGCUUAUAUAAUCAAAAAAAUGCCAUCCAUAAAGUCUGCCAAUUAGAGCAUAUAAAGAAUAAAUCCUCUAUGGAGUCGAUACCAACAGCACGUUGAUCAUCUUAGCUGAAACAGGGUCAGGCAAAACAACUUGUAAAUAUUGUUUAAUCAAUAUUAGAGAUACCAUAAUAUUUAAUAGAAGCUGGUUAUGGGGGAGAUGAGAGGGUUUUAGUCUCUUUACCAAGAAAGAUGGCUGCCAUCAGUAUAGCUUAAAGAGUAUCUGAUGAAAAUGGGACUGAAUUGGGAUAGGAUAUUGGAUAUAGAGUGAGAUUUGAAUCGAAGAUUAGUGAAAAUACAAAAAUCGAAUAUGUGACUGACGGAACUUUGAUUUAAAUCAUAAUGGGCAAUCCAUUGAUUGAAGGAUAUUCAGUUGUAAUGCUGGAUGAUAUUCACGAACGUACUUUAAACACAGAUCUCUUAUUGUGUUUGAUUAAGAAGAUCCAAAAAAAGAGACCUGAAUUGAAGGUGAUAGUUUCAUCAGCUACGAUGGAGGUAGAAUUACUAUAAAACUUUUUUCCGAAUAGUAAAGUCAUUGCAAUUAGAGGUAGGAAUUACGAAGUUGAUGUAAUUAUAAUCUGAUAGGCUUUUAGAUUAUGUAUUUACUUGAACCAUGUAAAAACUAUGUGAUUGCUGCUGUUGAAUUGGCAUAUCAUAUUCACAAGAAGAUGCCUGAAGGUGAUAUUCUUGUAUUUUUAACAUCUGUCGAAGAAAUUCAUGCAUUUAUCAAUUUGUGGUCACAUCAUAAGGCGAAUUGUGCAGUAUUACCACUUCAUGCCAGUUUGGCAAUCGAUAAAUAGCUAUUGGUAUUUAAAUAGCACGCAAGUAGAAAAAUUAUAGUAUCAACAAAUGUGGCAGAAAGCAGUGUCACUAUAGAUGGAAUAGUCUAUGUGAUAGAUUCAUGUUAUCAAAAAGUCAAGGUUUAUGAUUACAAGAGAAGUAUUACUAAUUUAUUUAUUAACUUAGACUUGGACUAAUUAAAUGUACUACCAAUAUCUUAGCAAUCUGGUGCUUAGAGAGCAGGCAGAGCUGGAAGAACAAGAGAUGGAAUAUGUUAUAGAUUAUGUACUAAGGAGGAUUAUUAAAAUUUGCCUAAGACUUUCCCUCCUGAAAUAUUGAGAUCCAAUCUCACAGAACUCAUUUUAUAGAUUAGAGUAAAAAUAACUAAUAUAUAUGUAGUCAUUCUCAUUAACACCCAAUCAUUUGCAAUGCAGCAAUACAUUUUUGACUCCUGUUUCGAAUGAAUAAUUAAUCAAUUGUAUUAACAUUUUGAUGAGCCUGAAAUUAAUAGAUGAAAACUUUUCACUAACAGAAUUGGGAAAUGCCAUAGUUGAUUAUCCCUUGGAAACAUAACUAGCAGUUUGUGUUGAAAACAGUUUUCUAGAUGAAUAUCAAUGUUCAGACGAGAUGCUGAAAAUAGCCAGUAUUCUCAGUAUACAAGGAGGUAUCUUUAGUAGUGAUGCCACACCAUUAUAGAUGUUGAAGGCUAAGAAGGCUUUGGGAUGCAGAGAAGGAGAUGUGUUAUCACUUCAUAACAUUUUUGUCAGAUAUAUGAAUAUUGGAAAUAAAGGGAAUUGGUGUGAUACAUAUAGAGUAUCAAAACAUAAGUUAGAAUCAGCUGGAAAGAUAUACAAAUAAAUUCAAAAGAGAAGGAAAAAUAGAUAAAUCAAAAGUUCCAUCCAAGAUGUAGAGGCUGUUUAAAGAUGUUUUGUUUCGGGAUUCUUCUCUUAAGUAGCAUAAAGAGAAAAUACAGCAAGAGAAGGGGUUUACAGGAAUAUCUACACAAAAUAAUUGGUUCAUCUUCAUCCUGCUUCUGUUUUAACAGUCUCAUACCCUGAAUGGGUUAUUUAUCAUGAAUUGAUUGAGCAAAGUAAUAACUAAAGUCUAAUUUAUAGAUAAUAAGUUAACGAUGCACAAUGUAACCGAACUUGAUCCACAUUGGCUGUUUGAAAUUGCACCUCAUUUUUAUAGGGAUGCCAGAUAGGAAAUUGCAGAGAUGAAACAUCAAUAGGAGAAGGAUUAGUUAGAUAAGAUAGAGGCUGAAAAAUAAUAAAAGCAAUAGGAAUUGUUGAUGAGUUAAGAAAGCAAAGUAGUUUUUGGGAGCAUCAAAUAGAGAAAACCAGGAUUUAAGGGGUUUGGUUAGACCUAAUUUCCAAUUAAGAGUAAGGAGUAGAGGCUUGGGUCACUGUCAUUUAAUGAGGAAGAGGAUUUUUGAUUUGAUAUAUG